AUGGCACGGAGGCUCAACCGUCGCCACAACUCCGAGGCGACCCACCACCUUCUGCGGGCUGCGGUCCGCCUAGCGCGGAUGACGACCAACCGGGUCAAGGAGGAGCACUGGCUCGCCUGGUGCGCCUCCCUUGAUAACACCACGCCUGUGUCCCUCCUCUGGCGGAAGAUCCGCUCGGUUGGCCGAGGGAGUGUUUCGAGGCCGGCACUCCACCCCCGGCCGCAAGAGGAGGCUGAGCGCCUCGCUGUGCUUUUCGCCUCCCGGUCUGCCACCGCUCGUCUUCCCCCUGCAGUGCGGCUUCAGCAAAGGCGAUUGAACCCGGAGAGAUGGUUGGCAUACCAUCAAGCCUGCCUUAUGCCCCAUCCAGCAGACGCGGCCAUCACUCUCCAAGAAGUCCGGCGUGCCAUCCCGGAUCGGUCUACGUCGCCUGGGGAUGACAGGGUCAGCUAUGGUAUGCUCCGCCACGCCGGCCCUACCAUGGAGGCUGAGCUGCUGCACCUUUUCAACGCCUCCUACACCUCCCGCACCGUCCCUACUGCCUGGAAAAGCGCCACCAUCGUCCCCAUCCCGAAGGCCGGGGCUGUGGCAGAAUACCGCCCGAUCUCCCUCCUCAGCUGCAUCGGGAAAACGAUGGAAAGGGUGCUUCUGUCCCGCCUCGAGUGGUCUCUCGGUCCCCUACAUCACCAUCUGUUUGCUUUUUGCCGGGGCAAGGGCACGAGGGACUGCGUCACGACACUAUUGUCUGGGAUUGUGGGCUGCAAGGCAGUCGCCGUGUUCCUCGACAUCACGAAGGCAUUUGAGAUGGCCUCCACUCCCGCCAUUCUCUCUGUCUUGGCUGCCAAGGGCGUACGUGGCCGUCUCCUCAGCUGGGUUGGACAGUACUUACAGGGUAGGACGGCGGCGGUCCGUUUCCAGGGUACUACUUCUGCCUCGAGAGGUUUUGAAAACGGUACGCCGCAGGGUGGCAUCCUCAGCCCUCUACUGUUCAACCUUCUGAUGGAGCGGCUAGUCGGCCUCCAGGGGAACGGUCAUGUCCGCGUUUUGAGCUACGCGGACGACAUCGUCAUCGUCGCCUCCGGGCCCUACCAUGUAGCUCGGGCUCGCGUCAUGCUCCGCCGUGUCCUGAGUUCCUGCUCGGAGCUUGGCCUGGCGCCCAACCCGGCCAAAACGAGAGCCGUGGCCUUUGGCUAUAAGCUCCCUCCUGCCCCCCUGUUUAUGGAUGACACCCCUGUGCCCUGGGUCCAUCAAGUUCCUUACCUGGGCAUGCUGCUUGACUCCCGGCUGUCCUUCAAGCCUUGCGUCGCGUCUGUCCGCGUCAAAAUGAUGGCCAGGGCUCGUGUCAUGAGGGCCAUGGCGGGUAGCACCUGUGGUGCUGGAGACCGGGUCCUCCGCUCCUUCUAUGUUGGUGCCGUCCGGUCCUGCCUCGACUAUGCUGCGCCCUGCCUAAUCACACUGCCGGCCUCCUCCCUUGCUCCGCUUGAGACUGCUCAGAACUCCGCCCUCCGCACUCUGCUCGGCGCCCCAGGCUGGACCAAGUGCCUCUGCAUGCGAGCGGAAGCGUCCCUCUGCUGUGUCUCGGAGCGUGUCCGGCAGCUCGGGCUUGGGCAUCUGGUCGCCCUCCUCCGUACCACGGGGGCUGCUCCUUUAGCGGAACGGGUUCGGAGGCAGCUCCAACCCAACCCCCCACGCUUCCGACGACAGCCCUGGCAGUCUCGCAUCGCCCAGGUCAUCCACAGCAACGGCCUGGCGGGCAUGCUGACGGCGCCCCUCGACCUCCCUGUCCCUGCCUAUGUACUCCCUCCUCCUUGGACCCCCCGCUCCUUUGAUCUCCUUGUUCGGCCACUCUCUACAAAAAAGGCGCUCCUCUCUGCUGCGGACCUGCGGCGCGAGGCUAUAGAGCGCGUCGCUGGACCACUGCCUCCCCGGGCCGUUGUGUAUUUCACCGACGGCUCGGUCAACCACCAAUCGGGAGCAGUUGGUGCCGCCUUUGUGGGUGGUGGAGCCACUGGUGCCUUCCGCCUCACUGAUGGCUGUUCCUCUACCCAGGCUGAGCUUGCGGCCAUCUCGAUGGCCCUCCUCCACGCCGAAGAGAUGACAGCGGGGCCUGUCGUUGUACAUAGCGACUCUAGGACCGCCCUUCAGGCAAUCAACCAGGCCUCCGCCCGCGACAAUGUCCGCCUGCUCACCUCCAUCUGGCGAACUCUUGCGGCCUUAGAGGCGGACGGCCGUCGUACAACCCUCAACUGGCUGCCUAGCCACGCAGGCGUUGAGGGCAACGAGGCAGCCGAUACGGCGGCGAAGGAUGCCACCCUCCUCCCACUAGUCACUGUUCACCUCCCGCCCAGUCUUGGACAGCUCCGGACUCACCUACUCUCUCGGGCAGGGAGCAGUAUCGUCCAGGAAAUCGAACGGGCUGUGGCUGUGGAGUCGCCCUCGGGCUGCUGGUACGCGGCCGCCACUGAUUUAGGACGCUGGAGACUAGCAAUCUCCCAUCCCCGCUCCGUCAGUGUCCCGCUGCACCGCCUCCGAUUAGGGUUCAAGUGCCUCUCGGAGCUUGACCCUGACGACAUCAGGUGGAGGGAAUGUGAGCACUGCGAGGAGGAACAGGACUGCCCUCUCCUCCACUACCUCCUCGAGUGCCCGCUCACGAGACCCCUCGCUGCCAACCCCGACGGCCUCUCUGCGCCUGCCCUUCUCUUCCGUCUUGGAGAGGCGGUCCUCACGCAGCUGGUUAAGCGGUAUCUCCCCCCCCGUUAG